CGCCACUCUAGUUUCAUACCUAAUUUGAGGAUCAGCGCCGACGCAAAAGUUCAGUUUAGUUUUGGAUUUCCCCCGGAUCAAGAAGGAUAAGCUACGACUUCGCUAUGGCACUCAAAUUUGAUGAAGCGCUGGAAUUGCUUGCAGAAAAUAUAUCAAUAAUCUUAUCACCUGAACAGGAACUAAAUGUUCAGGAUGCAUCCGAAUUUACCGAGCAAAUAACUAAGGAGUUCGGGAAUAUCAAUUCUAUUUUUAAAGGAACAAUAAGUAAAUUGGACCAGACAUAUUAUUUUGGUGAACACUCAUAUCCUAAUGCUCAAGUUCCUUGGUUGUGGAUUAGUAUGCCGUUUUCAAUUACACCUGAGAAAGAUCGCCAGAUUCACCAGGAUUCCAAAUGCCGUUUUAAACUCAAGACGGCUGUUCAUCAUCCAGCAGUUAGGAACGGAUAUGUAAGCGGUGAAGAGCUGUUCAACUUGUUCUUUUGCGAUUUGAAUAGGGUCAUCGACAGAAUGCACAACUUUAAAUGUAAGAGCGGAAAAAAGUAUACCGCCAGCAUUAAUAUGGGACAAAAAACAAUUCAGAUUUUCGCCAUGAAACAUGGUGCAAAUGGCUGGGAGGAACUCCCCCUAAUAAUUUAUCAGUUUGCACUCUCGUUAAACUUUUUUAACGAUUCUGUUCAAUACUAUUAUCCUGACUUCGUAUGUUUAAAUUCCUUUUACCAAAUCAAUAAAUCGCUGGCUGAAGAAAAAGAAAGAAAACGUAAAAAUCGGGUAAUAAAAGUAGAAAAAUUGAUGCGCCAAGUUUUAAAAAAAUACUCCAUUACGAAUUCUUCCAUUAUUCGCUUUCAUUACUUUGAGCCAGCUCCUUAUUUAGAACCCGAGUCCAACAUCGGGAAUGAUUUUCUUGGGAGUUUAGAAAAUAGUAUUCCUUUGAUUUUAAUUCCUGGACCACUUCAACAUCUUUUCCAGAAGCUAUAUCAUUUUAAGCAUACGGACUCUGUUAAAAUGGAAGAGCUAAGGACUCUCUUUGGUAUGGAUUAAAUAUCCCAAUGGAUUUCAGCAAAUAACAUUGAAAAAUUAAGCUAUGUAUUUUUUUGAAGAGCCAACGUUUCAUGGCAUCACACAUUUAUGUUUUGUAAAUCAUGUAAUAACCAAAUUAAACAUUUCAUUUCCAUUCUCCCUGCUUAUCAAAAUAAAACUUUAAACAGAAUGUUUAAAAA